AUGUCGUUUUCACCCGGCUAUAGCAAUCGAAUAGAUGUUACAAGCACGGCAUCGGCCGUUCUUUCGACAUCCGUCACGGAUGCUGGUCUUUCAUUUCUAGCCGAUCAUUCACUUCUACUAAUCGCUUUCGUUUUUUUGAUUGUGAUCUCAGUGGCGUUGUUGGCUGUCCUCAUACAAUAUCACUGUCGUGAAAGAUCGUCAACGCCAGCUCCUACUCCCGCACAAUGGACAACUUGUAGUACAGGUGCAAACUCGUCCAUUAAGAGGAGGAUGGGUGAAGUAUUUCUAAAUCCGGUGUUUGAUUCGUCGGACUCGGAUUCCGAGUUAUCCUAUUCGAGUCGAUAUCGAUCAGUAUCGCAUCAUUCGCUUCCGCAUCCACGAUCUAGACAUUGGUCGUAUGCUCCUUCAACCGUAUCCUCUACGUAUUCAACCGUUGGUCUACUGCAGCUCAUAGGACCAGAUUUGCGUCAAUCUCUCUCAGGUCUCUUAAUACCAUCGGAGGCGAUCGUACUAGAAUCCAUAGUGGGCAAGGGAUAUUUUGGAAAUGUGUAUCGCGGUCAUAUGCGAGACUCAUCAGGUCGAACACAUCCAGUUGCUGUGAAAACUCUUAAAGGCGACCGAUCUCGAGAUAUUGCCCACAUCGAGAAAUUCCUACGAGAAGGAAUAAUUAUGAAACAUUUUGACCAUCAACAUGUGCUCUCUCUAAAGGGAAUAGCAAUAUCCCCAUCCGGAACACCUUGGGUGGUCCUACCUUUUAUGGAAGGAGGUGACCUGAAAACCUACAUCGCUGAUCCUAACAGAGCGUUAUGCGUCCUGGAACUUCUCGAUUUCGCCUAUCAAGUUGCGCAAGGAAUGGCGUACUUGGCAGCUCAACAUUUCGUCCACAGAGAUCUUGCUGCAAGGAACUGCAUGAUAUCCUCUAACAGAGUUGUGAAAGUCGCAGAUUUUGGUCUAGCCGUUGAUUUACUGGACAAAGAGUCGUACACGGACGAAUCCGAAACAGGACCAGCUCGGCUUCCACUAAAAUGGCUUGCGCCCGAAAGUUUGCGAGAUCGUCGUGUUUUCAACGCUGCAACGGAUGUGUGGUCUUUCGGAGUGUUGAUGUGGGAGCUGAUGACUCGAGCCGCAUCUCCCUAUGGAGACGUUUCAAACGCAAAAGUUCGACAGUACCUAGAAAGUGGUUUGAGGCUACCGCAACCCAUGCAUUGCCCAGAUGUUGUUUACGACUUAAUGCAGUGCUGUUGGCGCUCAUUACCAGAUGAUCGGCCAGAUUUCGUUUUUCUUGUACAUCGAAUCAGAGCUUUAUUACAGGAAAACACUCCAGAUCCUUACACUCGGAGACUACGAGUAGGAGCGGAGGCGUUCCUUUUACCUGUGCUACCCGGGAGACAUUUCACUAACUAUUUUGCAAAUCAACUCCAUCGAUAA